AUGGAGGAGUACGCGAGAGAACCUUGGUAAUAUUUUAAGCUUAUAUUUUAGAUGGUAAAAUGUACUGUAAUUUUCUACAGUGCGAAUAUUUAUAAACUGUAAUAUCCAUCUUCUUUCAAAAUACAUUCCUUUUGCUAAUCGCACGUUGUAUUGCUGUGAUAUUUGUGAUUUUUGAAAGCUGUAGUGAAAAAACUUUUCUUUCGAAUUUUUACAGCCCUUACAGAAUUGUCGAUGACUGCGGCGGUGCUUUCGCGAUGGGAGCGAUCGGUGGAGGAAUCUUUUCCUUCAUGAAAGGAUGGAGAAAUUCGCCAAAAGUAAGGCUACUGUUAGUUUAUUUCUGGCGUGAAUUUCAAAACAGUUUUCAGUGCUUAUGUAAUUAAGCUCACUGCACACGAUGAUUGAAAACGAAUUUGAAAUAUUAUUGUUAUUAGCGUAAUAAUGAAUAUCAUGACAUCACAUCUUCAUCUGCAUCUGGCGAAUAUACUGUUCCCCUCAAAAAUAUAAUACAAACUGGGGGAAUGGAUGUGGCUACCCUGUGCAUUUAGGGGCUUAGUUCUUAAUUACCAUUGAUGGAUUUUCAUUCCCUUAAUCACAAAAGCACCUUCAUGCCUUGUUCCUCUGAAUGUCCUGACAAGACCAAAGCGGCUGUACAUUCUGUAGGCCAUUUGCUUAUUUAUGCUCUAUUUUAUUAAUUAAUAUUAUUAGUCACUGAAAAUUUUUCUUCAUUCCUAAUUGGCUUAAGUCCCACGUUAUUUCUUAAUAACCUCAACCGCCGCCUGGUUAGCUCAAUGGGAUAAGGGCCGGUCUGCUAAGUGGGAGGCCGUAGGUUCGAAACCCGGCCAGACCAACACUCGGAGUCUUUUAAUAACUGAGGAGAAAGUGCUGCCUUUGUAAUAACAUCUGCAAACAGUUAGACUUUCUAGUCUUCUUGGAUAAGGACGAUAAACCAUAGGCCUCGUCUCACAAGCCCUUGCACAUGUAAUAAAUCUGUGGGACGUUAAAGAACCCACACACUCUUUUUAAAGAGUAGGGCACAUAGUGCCCAGUGUACGUAGUGGUCUAUCUCACUUUCACACUCAUGUAUGAGGCCCUGCCAGGGUAAAUUUGGACAAGUGACAUGGCCCAAAAAGUAGCGACAGUGCGUAAAAUGAAAUCGCGACAAGAGACAACCUCCCUCAGCCAAAUUGUGACAGUGAAGGCAAAGCCGACAAUAAGCGACAAGCAUUUAAAAUCACCAACACAAGACGUUUUAAAAUUCAGAAGGGCGACAUGAGAUCCCCCCAGCAGGGUCUCUUGUAUGGGGGCAUCAUUACUCAUUCCUUCAUUACUAACUUGUAAACUGCACCUAAGCAGUCUGGCAAAGUCCCCCAACCAGUGUUGUAAAUUAUCCCUGAAAAGCCCUGAGGGGAGUGGAUAAUAAGAUAUUUACAAUUUACAAUUUACAACCAGCUAGCUAGCGUUGAGCAAAUUCAGAAGAAGUGUGCAAUGUCCAUAUAAUGACUCUAAUAGUACAGAAUCAUCACAAGCAAAAGAGACUGCAACCAAGAAGCCCUGGAAAGGAGGUUGCACUGUUUUGGUAGAGCAAACAAAAUGGCAGAACUUUUCUCAGAGUGUGUCAUCCUCCACCACCUUUGGCCUCAGUGGAAAACACCUUCCUUGAUCUCCAUAAUUCUUCAGAUCAUACUUAGCCUUAUGCAGUUAUUGUUAAUUUUUGGUUAGAGCAUCAACUGCAAGAACAGGCAGGUUUCUGAUCGAUCAUACCUUUGUCUAUAGGGUUCCAGACUAUUUGGCAGUAUAGCGGCAGUUAAAACUAGAGCUCCUGUGCUUGGAGGUUAGUCAACAUGUCCAUGCGUUUAAUUCAAAGCAGGUGGACUAUAAAAAAUAAUUGUCACUCCUGCAAGUAUAUAAAUAAAGUAACUGUUCAUGUAAGAAGCCUAAAACAUGAGUAAUUUGCCUAUAAUAAUAAUAAUUCUCCUAUAAUAAUUAUAGUUGCACAAUUAACCAUCUAAUCAUAACUAUAACAAAAUUCUCAAAUCUGAUUGGCUAUCAACUGCCCUGAUUUCAGCCUUAAUUGGACAAUUUAAUAGGAUAGUACGCGUCAUGCCUAAGUAAUUGGACAGUACGCUCCAUCACACGCGCGCUUAAAUGGCUAUUUUUCACUACUAGCAAAAAAAAUUGGAAUUUUCCCUUUUUUGAUUUCAAAAAAGGGCCUUAUAUAUCACAAAUUUUGUUAAAGUUAUGAUUAAUUGGUAACAGAACUUCGUGUCGUCCAAUUCAGUCUGUAAUCAUACUUGUGACUAAACAAAUGGGACUCCCGCUACGCGGUCGUCUGAUUUCGUUAAUCACUCGUAUGAUUACAGACUGAACUGGACUCCACUCAGUCCUGUUACCAUUACUAAUAUUAAGAACAACAUUCUAAUUCUUAGUGCUUGUUGUUUAUUACAGGUAAUUUUGCUGUAUGGGGAGGGCUAUUUUCUACGUUUGACUGCUGUUUGAUGGGAAUAAGAGGAAAAGAAGAUCCUUGGAACUCGAUAGGAAGUGGUGCAAUCACAGGAGCUGUACUGGCUGCGAGAGGUAAUAACCAUAACUUAACAGAGUUAGAGGGUUCUAGAAAUGCAUGUCUUACUAAACCUUGUGAAGCUCAGGAGAAAGGUCAUGUACAAAACACUGGUAGGACAUAAUAGCAAAAUAACCAAGCAAGAAAAAGGGAAUAAAAGCUUCUUUGUUUAAAUCCAAGUGACAUAAGGAACGUGCAACCCUAAUCUCCAUGCCCUGGUUGGUUUCUCUAAUACUAUCCAAUUCACUGGAUAGUUAUUUAUCUGGCUUCAGUUGUUCAGAAAUGAUCCACCUUCUAGGAUUGUCUUGGUGCUAGGAUCUUCCUACCUCCUCCAUGUAUUUAAACAGCCCCUGAGAAAUUACCUGCCUAUCUUGUUGACUGAUUGUUUUUAGGGGGACCUUCAGCGGCUGUCAGGUCAGCAGCAGUUGGAGCCAUCUUGCUGGCGUUAAUUGAAGGAAUUGGUAUCUGUAUCACAAGAAUGACUGCAGAACAGUUUAAACCAGGUUCGUCUUCGUCUUUUGUUAGUGUUGUCAGUGCUAUCAUUGAUUGAACUGCAGUGUCCCGGAAUUUUAUUAAAAUAAUUAUAACAGUGGGAUCUGCCACCAAAAUUGAGUGAAACAUAAAACAAACUGCUCAAAAUAUAAAAAGAAGGUACAAGUAACACAGCAAGUACAAAAGGAGACAUGGUUGGACAAAGGUAAAGAAGAUUUAAAUGGAUUGCAAUUGUUGUCGUGGAAAAGUUAUAAGCGCAACGAUUUAUCAAAGUUCAGUUUGGUUGUUUGUAACAUUUGACAUACUGUUUGGGAAACAUUAUUAAUUUUGUUUGACAUGAAUCCUUGAUUUUGUCAAUUCCUGGCCCCAGUUGUUCGAAAGUUGGAUUGCCCUACCCACCAGAUAAAUCACAAUUUAGUGCACAAGUGUUAAGGAAACCAAUUUUGUUAUCCUCCGGCAGUGGAUAGUUUUAUCCAUCUUUUGAACAACUGGGGCCAACACUACAAGGCAAUGGUUAACAAACCAUAGUUUCUACAGUUGACACCAAGAAACAAUUUUAAAUUAGGACACAAUCAUUUUGGCUCCUUUACCUCCCCUCAACCCUCAUUAUUUAAAGAUUACUGGUAAUUAAGAAACUUGAAAAAAUCCUUGAAUUGAGGUGUGACUUUUUAAUUUAGGAGUAAAAUGUUUUGAGUGUGUUUUUGUUUUUUCUUUCAGUAAUGCCACAACCACCCGACCCCUCCCAGCUACCACCCAAACCAUUCAACCCAACGCCACAACCAACACAAGGAUCGGAAUUUGACUAUCAGCCACAGUUUCAAUAAUGUAUUUACAACGUGGUAGUGAAUUAAGGUGUUUUAUUGUCAAUUGGAUUGGUGCUGUUUGCAUUUAAACCUGAUUACAAGACAAGAUUUGAAAUAUGCCUGUCUAGAGUGCAAGGUGGAUAACAUGUGCGCCAAGUUAUUAAUGACAAAAACUGGAGCAAGGUUGCACAGGAGCCUGUUUUACUCCUAUUGAAAGACUUGUUUGGGAGAGUUGAAAAGUAACGGUCGCAUCUUUGGUUAUUUCAAAGGCAACAGAACAGUGUGACAAGUUUUGGGAAGUCAUGUUGAAGACUUAACUUUACAUUCAUUAAUUCAAUUUAUAGGCAGCAGAACAGAUAACUGUUUAUUUGAAAGCGGAUGUACAUAAAAUGUGUAUUUUUUUCUGAUCUACAGAAGUUUUGUCCAUGCCCUCUUGUACAUGCAUAAGUUGCUUAUUUCAUAAGGUCAUUGAAUAUAAUAUAAUAUAAUAAUAAUUAAUAUAUAAUUAAUCAUUUUGAAAUUAAUUUUUUAUUUGUGUUUAGGCUAG